AUGUGGACAAGUAAAUUCACACUAGAGACAACCCACCAACUGGGAUUCCAUAAGAAAGCAAACCAACGGGAAAGUGUCGGUCACCGGCUGUGGAUACUGGAUGCCGUUUACAUGGGGGACUCUCAUAGGUUGGUCGUAGCAACCAUGAACAGAAGUCUGCUAUUCUACGAAACCAACACCUUCACCGAAGAAUUCAAUCUAUUCGGCCUUCCUGCCGCCGCCAACAGCCUGGACUACUGGUACGAUGCCGAACAGCCAGGUCAUGAGGGCAUUCUCCUCUACGGAGACGAGGCGGGGUCGCUGCACCUCCUACGCUUCUCCUCUCCUAUCACCAGACUGUUUGAGAAGCCAUUCAGCGCGCAGCCAGGCACCUGCAAGGUGUUCAUGCAGGAUAUCAUUGAAUUUCGGGCCCAAGAACAAUGUGUCCGUCACACGGAACUGACGCGCCUCCAUCCUCACAGUGUCUUACAGGUGAAGUUCAUGGGAGAUGCAGACACUGUGGUGUCGUGUUCCCUCAGUAGGCGGGUUUCCCUCCUCAUUACCGACGUCCACGGAAAGCACAAGUCGUACACGUUCGAAUUACUGAAGGGGGUCAACUGCUUUGAUCUUGACCGCGGCAUGAAGGUCAUCGCGACGGGCAGCAGCGACCACCUGGCACGUCUCUACAACACGUACGUGUCGGCAAGACCAACGGCCAUAUUGCGCGGUCACCGAACACCGGUCAUCGCACUGGCAAUACACGCCGAGCGUGGACAGCUGUUCACGUACUCCAGAGAUGCGUUCGUGAAGGCAUGGGAUCUAGGAGAACACACCUGCCUGCGCACGAUCGCCCUGCGGUUCCCCACCAUUCAGCUGGGCAGGGCUCCGGAGCACGGUCUCUAUCCGAUUCUACUCGCACCGGGUCCACACGACGCCCUGCUAGUGGCCAGCAACGAGUACCUCGCAUGGCUGAAGCUGGGCAGCGAUGAAAGCGACACAGUAGUCGGCAAGACGUCAGCAGCGACUCCGCUACUGGCUGCGCUGUAUAAUCCAAGUUUUCAGCAGGUUGUCGUCAGCAGUGUGGACGGCACCGUGUCCGUGUACGACAUUGAGUCCGGUGAGCUGUCCCUCGUGAUGCGCGAUGUUCACCAGGGAUCGGAGUUACGGCACGUGUCCGCCAGCGAGCGCAACCUGGUCACCGUCGAUAGGAGUGGCAUCACAAAGGUGUGGAGUCUGCAGACGGGUGAGGCCCUAUACGAGCUGCUUCCCGUAUCGCGUCACGACGCCGUCACGGCAGCCGUGUACGUACCAGACACCAGGCAAGUGGUCACCGUAGGAUGGAGCAGGAAAAUUGUCACCUACGACCUCUCGAAAGACGCACAGGCGCAUAAAAUUCCUCCCAACUUGUCGUGGAGGGGUGGACAGCUUCACCAGGCCGACAUAUUGACCCUGGACGCCUGCGCUCCCUCACUACUGGUCACAGCUUCCAGCGAAGGAGAGAUCAUCGUAUGGAGCGUCAUCUCUCAGAAGCCAUUUGUUGUACUUCAGUUUGAAGAGGAGAAAGCGCUGAAGGAAGCAUUUGCUGUUGAUGAGAAGAUGGUCGUUGACGGCGUGCUGCUGCUAGAGAGGAGAGCCGCAUUGGGGUAUACCAAUAGCGGAGCUAUACUCGUGUCCAGCCAGGCCGGCCGGCUCGCCUUCUGGGCCGUGCACGGGCAAGACCGUCUGUUAGGGUUGUUUGAAGCGGUGAAUGAUUGCAAGGAGGAUCAGAUCUGCAGCUUAGCGGAGAGCACAGACAGCGACCUUCUCGCCACCGGUGACACGGCUGGUGAAGUCUGCAUUUGGAACGUCGCCGACUACUGCAUCAAACAGGACCAGGUAAACACUAGUAUGCCGCCGACUCUGCACCGAUGGAGAGCUCACAGUGCAGCUGUAGUGGGCGUCAGCAUUGCUCAGUUCGAUACUUCCUCGCUCAUCAUAACCGCAUCUGCUGACAUGUGUGCCAAGCUGUGGACUAUAGGCGGAGAGCUGCUGGGUCUAUUUGGACAGGAUUCGUGGAACCUAAAGAAGCUAGCGCUGUAUCGUACGGAUGCGCCCGUGGGCGGCAGCGAUGAAAAGCAUUCAAGAAGAUCGAGUGUAGCGAAAGAACACGAAGCACCUCACGAAUCUACGGAUAAUGUAGAGGGUAGCCAUCCCCUCGGGCCGAUACCUGGUGAAAAAUGCCCAGAAUUUCAGCGAUCGCUGAUGGAUGUUGUAGACAGCAAGGUCGACUUGGGUGUGAAAGCAGAGAGAAGGCUGGCUGAACAGAAGGCAGUCUGGGGACAGCGCAGGAGACGGUUCGCGAACAUCGACAGCAGCAAAGUGUUCAGAGAAGAGCUAUGCACGCCGUACCAAGCGCUCGCCAUUGCUGAGCUGGCACCAACUGACACGGAAAUAUCUUUCAGCUCUCGGAUGGAGCAGAAGAACACUUCUCUAUCCGAACAGUGAUCAAGCUUUCGCACAGCUGCCCAUCCUGACUACUGGCCACGCUCCAACGUCUUCAUAUAAACAGGGGUGGCGCAGGGGGCCUCCCCGUCGAAGGCAAGAACGGUCAGGGGGAAACUGGUCAGAGAAUUUAUGAAAACAAUUUGCAGACAUUGUCCAUCUCAUUCUGUAGUGAUGCCGCUACUACCAGCGGGAAAAUAAUCAGCAAGAUAAGAGGCUGAUUUAUCUGUAUGUAUAAAAUAUUACAAUGUAUCAAUAGUUAUAGAUAUUGCAACUAUUCCUUGUUAAAACACGAAUAAUGCCAUUUUAAACCUUGAAAUUUUGCAAAAGUAUUCGGGUUUCCUAGUGUUGGAUAGCUUUAACCCCUACUCC